UUAGGUUUUGUUCUUUUCCCCAUUUCCCCUCUACUCCCCUUCGCCAUGGCGACUCCUAAUCCAAUUCCCACUCCUCUCGUUCCCUAAAUCCCUAUAUAAAAUCCUCUCUCCCAAUAUCUUUUCUCUGUUGUUUCUCCAAUCCAUGGAUAUCUCCACCUCGCCUGUGCUCGAAAGCACCAAUUUUUUCUGCAAAAUCUCCUCUCCAACGAUCAGUUCCCCCUUCUCGAGCUUCCAUAAGAACAACCCACUAAGGAAAUCCCCAAAUGACUCCAUUUUCCUCUUAAAAAACCGAUCUUGGACCCCUUUGGCCGCUUCUCGGCGAGGGAUCGGACCUGUUUCGGCGCGAUUCCGGAGGCCCCUUCGGCGUCGGAACACGUUGAGGGAGAAGAUCGUUCCUUCAAAUGAGGACCAGGUUCGUAGAGCUCCUGAACUGUUUAAUCCUGAUUUUAAGUUAGCGGAAAAGGUUGGGCCUACUUUGGGUUUGGGUACAGAGAAGGACAUUGUGGAAAAUGAUAGGUUGGGAAAUGGAAAUAGUUAUAAAGAUUCAGUUUUGUGGGAUAAAUUGGAGAAUUGGAUCAAUCAGUAUAAGGACGAUUCUGAGUACUGGGGAAUUGGAACUGGUCCUAUUUUUACUGUAUAUAAAGAUUCGGACGCGAAUGUUACGCGUGUUGUCGUGAAUGAGGAAGAAAUCGUUAAAAGGAGCCGAAUCGGAGCAUGGUCUUUUGAAUCGAAGCGAGCUGGGGAAGAGUUCGCAGGUGUGAAUUCUAAGUUAUCUUGUGCAAAAGUUAUCGCGAAAGAUAUUGAGAGCGGGAAAUACAUGCUCCCGAAAAGUAGCUCAAUUUUUAAGUAUGUAGUUGAGGGAAAAAACUCGUCUUUUGCAGAGGGGUUGGUAUUUAUCGCUAAAAAAGGCGAGUCAAUUUUGAAGAUUACCCCUCAAGUUGGGUUCGCUCUGUUAUGUGGUUGCUGCGUGUUCUGGGUCAUGAAAAAAUUGAUUGUGGGGAACGAUAAGGUGGAGUUGAGUAGAGAAGAGGUUGAGAUGCUGAGGAGAAAGAAAAUGUCAAGGAUGAAACGAGAGGAGUUAGAGAAGGGAAGUGUCAAAGUACUCCAGGAUGUGCCGGAGUUGGCAGUGGCUUCCCUAAGAAGGCCAGAGUUAGAUAGGAGUGAGCUAAUAAAAAGCAUUAAGCAAACCGAGGUAUUAAGAGAGAAUUUGAUCCCUAGUCAUUCCAAUGCGAGUUUUCAGAAUGAUGAUAAGAUAAAGGAAAUAAGAGAGAUGGUUAAAAAGGUUCAUGAAUUAGAAAGAGAAAAUCAAAACCAAAAUGAUAAUCAAGUUGAAGCUCUUAAAGAAGCAUCUGAUGAUGUUAGCAUGUCUCGAACCAUUUUGCACAAGGGCCGAAUAGAGAAGGAUAUGAAGUCUUCGGUGGAUAUGAAUAACAAAGGAAUGCUUGAAGAAGAAUCUUUGAAUAACCGCAGUAUUAUUCCUGAAGGAGAACUAUCGAACACAUUUUGUGACAAGAGAGUUAUUAUCGAUACAAAAGUGGAUGAUCGAAAAACGGAUGAAGAGAUUGAUACCAAAGAGAAAGCAAAUAGUGGGUUUGAUGUAGAACAUUCCACUGAUUAUAAGGAUGCUGGCACCUCGUCUUUCAUUGUUCAAACAAAUGAAGAAAAAAUUAGAAAGAAUGAAAUGAGAAGUUCCAAAUCAAAAAAUAGAAAAUCUAAAAGCUCAUCUGGUACUUCUAGCAAAAAAUCUGUGAAAAUUAAGCCGAGAAUCAUAAGCUCCGUCAAGGAAGCGAGGGAAUAUCUAGCUACGAAGCGUAGGACUAAAUUGAAUAAAUCACAGGUAAGUGAUGAGCUUGUACAGAGUGCUGACAUGAUUGGGUCUACGACCGAUGUACUUGGGGCCAAGAAAACAACACUCGGGUCAGAUUCAUUUGAUGAUAAAGCUGCUUUUCUUCCAAAAAAGCCUAGUUGUGAUUAUACUGCUGAAACGAAGUUAAGGGAAGGUUCUUGUUUCAAUGAUUUAUCGACUGCAAAUGAUUCUUCUCAAGUCGAAAGGAAGAAAUAUGACUUCCUAAAUGAUACAUCUGAUCGGAAAUCGACUAAUUCCUUUCUUACCGAGGAAAAUAGUACAUCCUCAUCUUGGGAUCCUCAAUCUAUGUCGAACUCUUCACCAACAAAGACUAUGAAUGGUAAACACAGAAGUUCCAUUCAUAAUGUCACUACCAAUGAAUCCUCAUCUAUUAGUAGUUCUCAAGACUUGGAUGAUUUAAUAGUUGAAAGGCAAUCUGACCAGGAAAAACAAGAGAAAAGCCUCCAAAAUCCAGUUGAUUAUCGUGAACUUGAAAUCAAUGGCAAUAAAUUUGCUAGAAAGGACUGGGCAGCGUGUAUAGAGAAUGAAGUGGGCCCAUCCUUUGAGUUUGACAAGACUAAUGAUUUUUCUUUAUCAUCUGUUGAUUCUUCAAGGGUGUGCAACAUGGAGAAGAAGGAAAAUAACAGUCACCCAGAUGAGGUUGAUGUAUCUGGGGAAACAGGAAAAUCAGAUUCUGUUAGCACUGUGAUAAAUGGCUCUCAGGACAAGCAUGAACUGAAUGGUCCUAAUGUUAAAACAGGGAAAAGUUUAAUGAGUGAAGAGAGUUGGAUUGAAAAGAAUUUCCAGGAAUUCAACCCUAUUAUCCAAAAAAUGCGCGUUGGGUUCAAGGAAAAUUACGUGCUGGCAAAAGAUAAGGCACAAGAGGAGUUAUCUUUAAGUGCUGUUGUAAAUGAAAUGGGAUCAGCUUUGGAGAGUGAGGAACUUGAAUGGAUGAAUGAUGAGAGUCUUCGAGAAAUUGUAUUUCAAGUUCGAGAGAACGAAUUGGCUGGGCGGGAUCCUUUUCAUAUGAUGGAUGCUACUGAUAAGCGUGCCUUCUUUGAAGGCUUAGAAAGAAAAGUUGAGAUGGUCAAUGAAAGGCUAUUGCCACUGCAUGAGUAUUACCAUUCCAGGAUCGAAAAUCUUGACUAUGGAGCAGAUGGCAUUAGCUUGGACGAUCCACCUGAAAAAAUAAUUCCCUAUUGGAAAGGACCAUCUUUUGAUAAGGAUCCUGAAUUUCUUAGUAAAAAGCUUAAGCAAAAGGAAACCGAAAGCAGUCUUUCCAAAGUGGAGGGUUUAGCAAAAUCUAGCAUCCCUUCUCCUAAUGCUUCAGUUGAUAAUAGUUUAAAGAAGUCCGUUGGCGAAUCUUCGAAGAAAACCAAGACACUUAUAGAGUGCAGUGAUGGUAGUACUAGACCAGGUAAAAAAGGAGGAAAGGAGCAUUGGGAACAUACGAAGAAAUGGUCUCAAGGUUUCUUAGAAGUUUAUAAUGCUGAGACUGAUCCAGAGGUCAAAUCCAUCAUGAGAAAUAUGGGAAAGGAUUUAGAUAGAUGGAUCACAGAGAAAGAAAUACAGGAUGCCACGGAUUUACUGACAAAAAUUCCCAAAAGGAAGCGGAGAUAUAUAGAGAAAAAGAUGAACAAGCUAAAAAGAGAGGUGGAAAAGUAUGGUGCCCAAGCGGUGGUUAGCAAAUACAAAGAAUAUUCUGAUGAGAAAGAAGAAGAUUAUCUAUCGUGGUUAGAUCUUCCAUUUGUACUGUGUAUAGAACUGUACACAGUUGAGGAAGAUGUUCCGAGAGUGGGGUUUUAUUCUCUAGAGAUGGCUGCCGAUCUUGAAUUGGAUCCAAAGCAGUAUCAUGUGAUUGCUUUUGAAGAUCCGGGAGAUUCUAAGAACUUCUGCUACAUUGUUCAGGCGCAUAUGGAUAUGCUUGGAAGUGGGAAAGCUUUCGUAGUUGCUAGACCACCAAAGUACACUUUGACAUGGCUUACACCUGAGACUAACCGUCACGAGCGCGCCAUGCAGGAUGCUUUCAGGGAUGCUAAAGCCGGCGGAUUUAGUGUUACGGUGAUAAGAAAAGGGGAGAUAACACUCAAUGUGGACCAAACAUUGGAAGAGGUAGAGGAGGAAAUAACAGAAAUCGGAAGCAAGAUAUACCAUGACAAGAUCAUGCAUGAGAGAUCAGUCGAUGCACGUACAUUACUGAAGGGUGUUAUCACUGCUGACAGAUCUGCCAAAGGAAGAUCAAGAGCAGUACUAAUAAAGUCAACUAAAUCCUGAGUACAUUAUGAGCUCUUCGUCUAACCCGAACUGCACUUGUUGCUACAUAAGAUUAUCGGGAAGGAAUUAUUCCACUUUCAAGGCUGCAACUUAAUGAAUGGUUUUUUUGUUUUGAUUUUGAUUUUGAUUUAUUUUUCUUACAAAUGAUUAUGGAAGCUGAUGAGUAGCAAUUAGAUAAGCAAAGAAAUGGUCAAUAUCUGUUGGAAAAGGAGACUGCUUAUGCACAGGAUGAAGUGAUACAUGAUUUGAGGUUCCUCAACAUUGUGAAAUUUAAUACGAGAAAAUAGGGGACUUCAAUUUCAAUAGUUGUGUCAUGUAUUCAUGUAGUUGUUCUGUAAUGUUGGAUGAGAAUGUACAUGUAACAUGCAUUAUUUUGGAUUGGUUUCGUGUGGCUUCACA